ACGAAUGUUUCCUUCUAUGCGUCUUUCGCUUUCCGGCCUGGAGGAUGAAUCUAAUUACUGUGUUUUAUUGGAGAUGGUACCAGUAGGUGAUUGCCGUUAUAAAUUCUCCGGUUCGCAAUGGAUGCCUGCUGGCGGUGCGGAACCACAAAGUCCACAAAGAAUGUACUUGCAUCCGGACAGCCCAGCGUCUGGGGCCCAUUGGCAGGCGCAACCUAUCCUAUUUAAUAAAGUUAAGCUCACCAAUAACACACUGGAUAGUAAUGGGCACAUUGUUUUGGCCAGUAUGCAUAAGUAUCAACCACGAAUUCACGUGAUACGGACUGCAGACCUAACGCAAAUACCAUGGGCUCCUCAGCAAGCCUUCAUAUUCCCGGAAACGGAGUUUGUUGCCGUAACAGCUUAUCAGAAUGAUCGCAUCACCAAAUUGAAGAUAGACAAUAAUCCGUUUGCGAAGGGCUUUCGCGAAACUGGCCAAUCUCGAAGUAAACGUAAAAUGUCUUCAUCGCCAUCCGAUGAGGAUUCCGAGCAACAGCAGCAACAACAACAAGCUGGGCGCCAAUACGGCAUACGGCCAAUACAAACGCAACCGCAAACACAUUCCCACAGCCAGCGCAACGUUGUGUCGCCAACCAUUUCAGCCUUGCCACUGACCAGCGAGUCGGGAUCAUCAAUUUGUUCAGAUAAGACGACAAUUCCGAACAACGGCGAAAAUGACUUCGUGGACGUUGACAAUGUUACGGAUGCCGACAUCGAUGGUGGCGGACCACAAGUAAAGCGCUUGAGAUCAAAUAAGUUAGCCGGUUCGAUAGCAUCGACAGCGCUUGAAGAGAUGAUCAUUAAUGCGCAUGCGAAUAGCGAGCGUGAACCUUUUUCCGUCGUUACUGAAGAGACCAACUCACAACAAGCAUUACCAACACAAUUAUCAGAUAACUCUGUCGCGUCUGCUUUCGACAAUGGUGGUCAAUCGUCAUUUAUUUUCCAUCAUUUGCAGCAAAACAUGCAAACAAUGCUGCGACCUUCAUUGGUCGACUUAGCUUACACCUACUUUGGUCGAUCUCAGCCCAUUUACGUUCAACAUAUGCACCCACCUCACUCAACUAUCGGCGAUCAAACCCUGUCCAUCCCGAUGCCACCAGCAGCCGAGGGCUCACAUCUGGAGCGUACCGAUUCAUUGAUACCCUCUGGUACUAGCGAAGUACUAUGUCGCUCGCUAGUGCCCGACGAAGAGCAUGUCCUUGCGGCAACCGUUGACAACGACGAAGCUAAAAAGAAUUCUACUUUGAUAUCGAAUGAUACACAGAUACUGCAGUUGGAGAGCUUGAUGGGUCAUUCGCGACCAAAAAGAAAAGGUUUUAGCAUUUCCGCUAUUUUAGAAGGCAGCAGCUAGCAUGAACCAACAUACAUACAAUAUAAAAGAUGCUAGAAUAUUAAAAACUCACGUAUGUAACUGUGUAAUUGCACAUACUACACUAUACACUAUAUACUAUACUACA